AUGAGCGAUAAAGCAGAUGAUAAGCUGUCUCCUGGUGAACAACCUCCUGUGAAAAAAAGAUCACUCAGCAGCUAUCUCUCAAAUGUCAAUAACAGGAAGGAGGAACUUGAGAAGAUCGCUGCUCAGAUGAAUAAGGACAAGAAAGUACAACCGACAGAUGGGACAGCACAAGAUAAUAAUGAAGAGGCAACGAACGCUGCUUUGGAUACUAAUGUGAUUUCUGGGCGGGACCCAGAAAUUUUACAUAACGUUAUUACCGAAAACAAUGGAAUGGAUAGGAUAGGCGAAUUAAAAACGCAAGAGUCUACUGUCUCUAAGAUUAUUGAGAAACCUAACGUUGAAAUAAACUAUCAAAUGAAAAGCAUUGCUGAUCAAGACUCUAAUAGAAAUGAGUGUAUUUCAACAAUAGAGAAUGAGGACCAACCCACAGAUCAGCCUGUGGGCAAGGAAGAAACUGUUAACACAGAUGCAGCUAUAAAAGGUUCUUUUUCAAGAAAUGACCUCAAAAAUAUGCUUACUCAGUUAGAGGAGAAAAAGCGAGGACUCUCAAAGAGUCAAGAACCCCUGGACCAUGCCGAUGAUGAAGAUAGCGAGCUGAGUGAAGUUGAAAGUGAUGCUCCCACGGAACCUGCAUCCCCACCGCGACCACGCCGUGGCAGACUAGUACGCGCCGACCAAUUAAGAUCUUCCCCAUCUAGGAAAAGUCCUAAGAUCCAUAGUUCAGACUCUGAACUUUCCGAUAUUGAAGAUAUGAACAAUAUACCUAUUUCAAGUAGCAUCCUUCAUGGAGACUCUUCUCCCGAAAAAGCUCAUCAAACGCAGUUAAAUUCCUCUCCAGUUACUACAUUGAAGCGAGAGAGUUCUAAGCUCAAAAGGCAUAUUGCUGUUCCUAAGGUAAGCCGAUCAAAGAAAAGCGUACACCGAGAUGCUGGUGGGAGGACAAGAUUACAAGUUGCUUGUGACAAAGGUAAAUAUGAAUUUGCUAAAAAACUUAUCGAAGAGGGAUAUGAGGUGAAUGAUCAAGACAAUGCCGGCAACUCUCCACUACACGAAGCUGCUUUAAAUGGCCAUUUUGAAAUCGUUGAACUACUCUUAAAUCACGGCGCGGACGUCAAUAUUCAAUCUUUUGAUCCUGUAAAAGAUACUCCAUUGAUAGAUGCGUCAGCAAAUGGGCACCUGGAUAUUGUAAAGUUGCUAUUGAAACAUGGUGCUGAUCCAACUAUUGUCAACGCGAAAGGAUUAACUGCUAUUGAAUCAAUUGAGGAGGACGAAGACUUGGAAGAACAUGAAAUGGAAAUUGUGAAAAAAAUAAAACACACGCUUAAAAAGUCUAUGCAAACUUAUAAACAACUCACUGACAGGCGUGGCAUAAGAUCCUCUUCAAAUCAGCGGUCCCCAGAUAGGGAGAGAUCGUCCUCUAACGUGCGAAUGGAAGAAGAGUUCUACUGGACGGAUACUACGUCAAAGGUUGGAAAGGAAAAGCUUUUGAAAGCCUCAAAAGAAGGAAGACUUCCCUAUGUGGGGGCUUAUCUUGAGAAUGGUGGUCGUCCAGAUUUUCGGUCUUUUCUAGAAGCAGUGAAAUUUGGCCAUGAGGAUAUUGCGAGCAUAUUUCUAGCUUUCGGAGCUCAAGUCAAUAUGUCGUCACGUGAAGGACAGACACCUUUAAUGAUUGCUGUUGGAAGAGGACAUACAGGGACUGUAAAGCUGCUUCUAGAUGCUGGUGCCGACCCUAUCAAACGAGAUAAAUACGGUAGAUCUGCAUUGAGCUAUGCUAAAAGUAGCGAAUUGGGUUUCAAAAACGACGAAGAAAUUGAUUUGAUCAAAAAAGCGCUCAAGAAAAAAACUGGUCAUAGUGAUGAGGAAGAGGAAAUAACUGCUACUCGUAGUCAUGAUUCCGAUACAGAACUGCGUAACGAUAAUUCAAAACAAGACUCCGAAAAUGAUAGUGACAUGGGGAAAGUGAGUAGAAAGAGAAAGACAGCUUCACCGGCGUCUCCAGCACCGCAGAAAAAGCAGCAUAUAAUAGAUUCCACCACCAAGUCAAACUCACAAACGUCGAAAAGCACUUGGGAUUUUCAUCGUAGGGAUGGUGUGUCUUCUAAUUCAACUCCAGCAGAUCGCACCGCAUCGAAGAAGAUAAAACGGGAAAGCUCACCUAGUCCUGGGGCUACUGCAAUACCACAUAGGAGCCAGUCUGCCACUCCCAUAACGUCAGUCACGCCCAAACCUGUAGAGACGGCAGAGGAAAAGGAGCAAAGGCUGAAAGCCGAGGAACAGUACCGCAUGCGAAGACUACUACACAAGAAAAAGAAGGAACAAGAAUUACUUCAGAAGCUUGAACUUGAUGAACAGAAACGUCUUGAAGAUCGUAAAAGACAGCAAAAGGAAGAGGAAUUAAAGCUGGAGCGUGAGAAACUAAUGGAGGAACAGAAACAAAUAUUGCUACGAAACCAGGCAGAGAUCGAGCGCCGCCAUCGUAUUCGGGCGCAGUAUCCGUUGGGGCUGAAGCUCAUUGAUUUUGAGAACAAGUCAGACUACCAACGCUAUUUACCUCUUUACUACGUUAUGAUUGACGGUGUCAAAAGAGUGCUGGAUCUCCAGAUAUGUAUUAUACUGAAGGAUACAGACAUAAACGAAAAUUUUGUGGACAAGAUCGAAAUAACGUUGCCGCAGAAGGAACAACUUUGGAAUGUUUACCAAUUUAUAUUUUUACGUGGGGGAAACGGCCCUGGUUCCAAGUAUACCACCGACUUUGACAACUUGCCAUUGGAAUCUCGCAUUAACAUUAAAAGAGCAGAGCUAGCAAAAUUCCUUGCAUUACCGCUCCAUUGGAUCCCUUGGGAUUUGGUCAGUAUUCCCAAUGAAAAAAUGAAGGGUCAAAUACAAGAUAGCAUGAUUCAAUUAGAUCUCCUGGAUUUUUCACGUCCUCAGGCGGACCAACGCGUCGGAAGUUCGGUCCCCACAAACUCUGCAUUUUCAACUCCACAAUUAAAGGAGGCAUUGCCAUUACAGUUUCAGAACAGAUCCGUCAUUAUCCAGUUCUUUAAGAAUGCUUCACCACAGUGGUAA